AUGGUUACCUCCACGCAAUCUCAACAACAACAACAACAACAGCAACAACAACGCCAAAGUCAAAGUCAAAGUCAGAAGCGACAAGUAGAUCAGGAUGCUCAGGACACACCAGACCGGACGACUCCCAAGAGCGCACCAGAAGCACGAGAACCAGCCGAGCCACAGCAACAACCACAGCAACAGCAUCAGCAGCAGCACGAGCAACAACUGCCGAAGCAGCGAGUGCUUCUUCCAAACCAAGCUGCUGCCAUUUCAACCGCUGCUGCUGCCAGCACCCAUACACCCACCAAUGGAGGAGUAACAGGAGGACCAGGAAGGCAAGGAGAGUCGGGACAAGGAGGAGGAGGAGGAGGACGAGGAGGAUCGGCGUCUGCGCCUACCUUCAUGACCCACAAGGACAACAAUAACGACAAGAACGACAGCCGGAUGCACUCUUCCAGAUACAGCAACAAUGGCUCCUCAUCCUCACAACAGGACUCACCUUAUUCACACCCACAUCAACAGCACCCUCAACAGCAACAGCAGCAGCAGCAACAACAACAGCAGCAGCAACAACACCACAGCUACAACCUGCAUGUCAAUGCAUAUGGUGACCCGCCAAAUCGUCCUGACAGAGGAGGAGAGGACAACAUCGACAGCAACCACGUGAAUGAGUCUUCCGGCGGCAGCAUUCCAUCCCACUAUGAAGGAAGCGAUAGGGAAUACCUACAGGAGCGUGCCGACCGAGGAGAGGCACCCCUGCCUCCACCAUACAGCGACAGCAGCGAGGUUGUCAAUAGCCAAGGACGUGGCAGCAGCAAUGUCAACGGUCCUAACGGAGUGCAUACCAGCGAUAGCAACAGCAACAACGAGAACAUCAGUAACAAUGGCAGCAGCAGCAAUAACCAUGGCAGGAAAACGACGCCCAUCCAGGAACCGUACUUCCAGACGCGGCACACCAUCGCCUCCCAGCACACCCUGUCCACCCUUGGAGGAAUCCUGUUCUCGCUGGACGAGGUUCCAACAGAAUUCAAUCAGGACAUGUACAUCGCCAUGAGGAACCGCAUCUUUGAACUCGAAGCAAAAUCCGUCAACUACUCGCCCUUUUCACAUUCCAGGAAGCGAUCCUUCGAACGAAACAGUCUCGACGACUAUCCCGACCGGUACGCACACGGAUACGACGUCGACUCCGGACGUUAUUCAAAACGCCCCGCCCACAGAUACCCAGAUACUUACGAUUCUCCUGACCAAGGCCCUCCUCCACCAACGUCCCACCGACAGCCAACGUCUCACCCUUCGUGGUACACACCAGAGGUGUACUCCAGCAGACCUCGUUACCCACCUCAUCAUGGACGCCCACCGUCGGAUCGGGAAAGCGAUCAUCGUCACCCAGAAGGGGGACCCCAUUGUGACCAGGAUAGUGGACCAGAAUCACAUCUAGGAUCUCGACCAGGAAGCCCUGGUCCGAACCACAAUAAUUCAGCACUACUUCCCAUGCAGUCUGCGUAUAGCCCACCCCCUACCUCAGAGUUGACAAGACAACAACCUCACUCUGGACAACUCCCCCACCCCUCGCGCCCUCAUCAGUCUGGGCUUCCACCGCAGGAUCGGCACCAACAGCAACAGCCCCCGAACGGCGAAAGGCCUUCCAGCAAUAUGCCACACAACGGACCCUAUCCUACCAACAGCCAUCCUCACCCACCACCCCACCACCAGCCCAACCAUCACCCGCCAGCUCAUCCUUCGCAACACCCUCAACACCCACAUCCACAGGGCCUACCACUCCAGCCUCUCUCAUGGCCACCCCAGCACCAGGCGCCUCAAGGAUACCAACAACAACAACAACCUCACUCAAAUCAGUCCAAUGGUCCGACUGGUAUGGCCCAUUCGCGGCCCAUGAGCGCCGUUACACCUGAGCAGCGGCAGUCCAUCCACCAACAGCGACAUCGAGCGCAGCAACAAGCCCAGUCGGCUCACUCUAGAUCCUACCACUUACACAAGCACAUGCGCCUACUUGAUCAGCAGCGUGCGGCUCAGAUGACAGCCCAACAACAACAGCAACAGCAUCAGCAUCAGCAGCAUCAGCAGCAUCAGCAACAGAAGCAGCAACAGGGCCAGUCUUUCAAGCCUAUUCAGAGGCAAUACCAGCCUCACCAACAGAUGUACCCGAGUUACAACCAGCCAAUUGCCAUCAAGCCUCAUCCUGGACCAACGCAGGCACAACUUCAGCAACAGCAACAGCAACAGCUGCAAAAGCAACAGGCACAAGCACAAGCACAGAAUCCAAACAUUCGACCUAAUCCAUUCCAGCAACAACAACAGCGCUUGACACCCCAGCAGCAGAUGAUGCAGCGUUACCAGCAGCAGCGUCAGCUCCAGCAAAAGCAGCAUCAGUUACGUCAAUUGCAGUAUUUGAGAAACCGUCCAGCUGCCACAUACCCGACCCAAAAGACCGCAACGUCAACGUCGUCGUCCAGCGCUCUUACAGGAGGCUCACCGGGAUCACACUCUCCCACGCCACCACGCGUUUUCGGCUCUCAGGUGGAUCGUCCCAUCAAAAAGUUGACACGGCCUCUUGAGUGUUCCAACUGUAUGGCUCUGGACUCGCUGGCGUGGAGGCCCAAGGUCGAACUCCAAAUUGUGACUCCAGACGAAUCCAACCCCUCAGGAGAACCUGUCACAGCAGCAGUGGGAGGAGAAGGCGCACAGGGUGCCAAGAUUUUGUGUCCAGUCUGCACACAGUAUUUGCAGACGCAUGGCAAGCCCCGUCCAGUACCACCCUUCCGGACCAACUUUUUGAAAAAGAUCCAUACGCGAUUCAAGCGGGAGCUUCAAGAGGUCCGAUUCCAGGGCUGGCAGGAUGCACAGGUGCUUGAAAUUGAGGAUCGGAUGGUUGAGCGACAGUUCCAGAUGGUAUUCAAUGGACUGGACGAAAGCGAUGCUUCUCAGAUCCAAAGCCGGUCCGGCUCUGUUGCCAGUUCUCCCGCGCCAACGGCUACAAUAGCAUCGAUAUCGACAAUAACGGAUCCUGCCAGUACUGGAUCAGCCGCCGACAAGGGCGGUGCAAUAUCAACAUCAACUUCCAGUAGCGCCAAGGAGGCAAUGGCAGAAUCGUCCAAGGUACUGGAGAGUAUUGUCAUCAAGGUUGAGGAUGAUGACGAAGGAACUGUCAGUUCGUUGACAAAGUCCAAGCACGAGAGUGUUGAGGUAAGGACGUUUCAGAGUGAGGCGUCUGUGGGAGAAUUGUUUGGCCACCGCUGGAGGACUGAGCCCGUUGUCGGCUACACCUUGGUUCAUUUUGGAGGGUCUGACCGUACUCGUAUGGUGCCCAUGAACCCCACUGUACCUUUCCUUACUGUAAAGUUUGACCGAACGACCGAAUCGAUUACAUUUGCGUUCCGAGUGUUGGUGAACGGUCUGUGCCUGUUGUCGUCUGGGGGAGGCCCACCUGCUUUGCACAUGCCCGAGAUGGCUGAUGAUGACGAGUCAGAGGAAGAAGAAGAGGUCGUUGUUGUUCCUGAUAAUGACAAGGAGGAUGAACCUCCUUCUCCUUCGUCAUCAUCUCCUUCUGGACCAGUACAAUCGAAAGGAGACGCUGCACCUGAGGCCGCUGCUACCAUCUCGACGACCACCAACAAUAUCAACAUCAACAACAACACUGCUACAUCAGAGAGCUCCUCUACCUCAACGUCAACGACUGCCAGGGAAGUUGACGCCGCACGAAAGUAA